AUGCAGUUACUGUUCAUCCUUGAACUGCAUGGUGUUGGAAAGGACAUGUUUUCAAAUGUGAGUCCUAAAAAUUCCGCUGACAAAAGCAUGGAAUCGGCAAAAAUCGUCGCAGUGACGCUAAACAAUGCUCGUAGUGCAUGUUGCAUAACUGAGAUUCUCGCCGAGAUAAGGUCUCGCUACCUUGAUCCUGAUAGUGAUCUCCGUGAUGCGUCGACCAGGUGA